AAGACCUUUUUUUUAUAGGAAUGCGUCAACUUGUUUACACACUCGACUUGCCCCGUGUGAAUGUCCAAAUUAAACACGUGGGAAACCCACGCUCGCAAGCUGUUUGGUGAUUGGUCCAGGAGACAAGUCAUUGCGAUGAGGCCAGGAGGAGGGUUUAAAUAAGCGAAGAUGUCGAGCUUUAUCCCUUCUGGCUCGCUUUGGCUCAUGGAGCGCCUCCAGCUGAUUCUCCCACAGGCUCUUAACCUGCCCCGCGCCCCCUUAUCCUACUCCGGCAGGACCCCUCGGUUCUCCCACGCGGGCCACGCCCCGCCAAGAACCAAAUGGACUCUUCCCUCCUUCCUUGCCUCGGGAAAUCCGCUGCCCUUAUCUCCGCUUUCUCCUCCUGUCCAAUUUGCGAAGCCUGGGAGCCAGUCAAGUGUAAGAACUGAUCCUGAAACAGCUGAAUGGGCGAUGCAAGAUUUUUAUGCCUUGAGGAAGGAUGUUGAAGCUACUGCAGAACGUGUCGACGAGAUUAGAGCUUCUGCUGGUUUGGAACGGUUAGAAGAAGAGCUUGCUGUGCUGGAGAAGAAGGCCGCAGAUAGCUCUUUAUGGGACAAUCCAUCUAAAGCACAGGAAAUACUUCUUUCCUUGACUGAUGUCAAAGAGAAAAUCAAGCUGCUUACUGAUUUCAAAACACAGGUUGAAGAAGCUGAAACAAUAGUGAAUUUGACUGAGGAGUUGGAAUCCAUAGAUACCAGUCUACUUGAAGAGGCCUCUAAUAUCAUUCGAGACUUAAGCAAUGCACUGGAUCGGUUUGAGCUUACACAGCUUCUUUCCGGGCCUUAUGACAAGGAAGGGGCUGUAGUUACUAUAACGGCUGGUGCUGGGGGUACUGAUGCACAGGAUUGGGCUGAGAUGCUACUUCGGAUGUAUGUGAGAUGGGGAGAGAAGCAGCGUUAUAAGAUAAAAGUGCUUGAGAAAUCUAUGGGCGAGGAAGCUGGAAUUAAGGCGGCUACAGUUGAACUGGAAGGGCGUUUUGUGUAUGGGUAUCUAUCAGGGGAAAAAGGAACUCACCGUAUUGUUCGUCAGUCUCCAUUCAAUGCCAAAGGUCUUCGCCAGACGAGCUUCGCUGGUGUUGAAGUCAUGCCUCUUCUUCCUGAAGAAUCAUUGGAUGUUGAGAUACCUGAAGAAGACUUGGAAAUAACCUAUUCAAGGGCUGGGGGAAAGGGAGGCCAGAACGUGAACAAGGUGGAAUCGGCUGUUCGGAUCGUUCACAUCCCCACUGGUGUCACAGUUCGCUGCACAGAGGAAAGAACUCAGCUGGCUAACAAGAUCAAGGCCCUUAGCCGUUUGAAAGCUAAACUUCUUGUCAUAGCAGAGGAGCAACGAGCCUCUGAAAUUAAACAAAUACGGGGGGAUGCGGUGAAGGCUGAGUGGGGUCAGCAGAUACGCAACUAUGUCUUCCACCCAUACAAGCUUGUGAAGGAUGUUCGAACAGGAUGUGAAACAUCAGAUAUCACUUCUGUGAUGGAUGGAGGCUUGGAGGCAUUUAUCAAAGCUUAUCUCAGAUACAAAUAUACUACUAGCAUGAGUGAAAGAAACACCAAAUGAUAAGAUUGCUCCCUGACUCAUGUCUUUUCUCAACCUCUUUAAGUUUUAUCCUUCAGUAUCUGUAUGCCGAGUCUCCAAUUUUACUACCAAAUCCUUACUACAUGUCUCACCCAAUUUAUGUCAUCAUAGUGAUACUUGUGGAAUUUUAUUUAAGGUUUUUAUCAUCA